UUUUACUGGUCAAAUUUACAGGUAUUACUGACACUAAUUACAAAUUUUUAAAAGUAUGUAGAAUGAAAUUUUUGUAAUGGAUUUGUAAAUAUUAGCUAUCUUCAUACAAUGCGAUUUUUUUUCUGUGGACGUUUGUCAACUUGUCAUAAUCAGCUGUUUAACAUGUCGUCUACCGUUUCGUUUACCUAUUUGGCUAUCAAAAAUGCUAAAAUGUAAUUUUUAUAAGAACUUACAAAUUGGUUAUUAAUAAUGAUUGUGCAUUAGAUCUUAACAAUGCAUGUAAUACUAUAAACAAGCUCUUAUCAGCUAAUAGCUGUUAUUAUUAUAGUUCUUAACCUGAUACUGUGGAAAACGUAUGAAUUGAUUUUGUUUGUAAUUAUUUAACUCCAAAAACGAAAAUGGGCUCUUUAAUGGCAGAUUAUGAGCAACAGUAUGGUAUUUUGACAGCAGGAAUUACUGCGAAAAUAGGAAGACUUUCAAAUGAUCAGAAUGCGGACCGGAAAGCACUCGUACUUGAUGUUGAGAAAGAAAUUGAGGAAGCACAAGAACUGCUGGAACAGAUGGAGCUCGAGGUGCGGGAAGUGGAGGCGUCGGCCCGCCCCAGACUGCGGUCCCGGGUCGACAGCUACAGGGCGGAGCUGGGACGUCUCAGCCAGGAGUUCAUGAAGGUCCGCAGCCCUCCCUUCCAGGACGGUUUCUUCGGACAAGACGACCUGUACAGCGGCGUCAGCCUGAAUGAGGAGCAGAAGCUGAGGCUGCUGGACAACUCGGAGCGUCUCGAGAGGACGGGCAAGAUCCUCAACACCGGCUACAGGAUAAUCCUGGAAACGGAGGACAUUGGCUCGCAGGUGCUGCAAGACUUGCACUCCCAGAGGGAGACCAUUCAGAGUGCGAGGAGCAGGCUGCGGGAGACGGACUCGGAGCUGGGACGCAGCUCGCGGCUGCUCGGGGGCAUGAUCCUUCGCUCGCUGCAGCACCGGGCCGUCCUCGUCGUCGUCGGCCUGGUGUUGGCGUGCCUCGUCGCGCUGGGUGUCUACCUGAGCCUCAGCAAGUAGCCGCUCUCGCCCCGGCCGUCGGGCUCGUCGUGUCACGUCCGCAAACACCCGCAGGCGGACGCAAACCACGGUCUCCUCCGACUAUUCACUUCUCAUGCUGCAAGAUUUUUGUGUUCAGAGUAUUUAACUUACCUCUCUUAAAUAGGUUUUUUUUUAAAAAAAAAUAUUUGCAGACUAAUUCUGCAGCCACACACAAUACACUGUCUUAGAAUGAUCGGACAUUCUUCGUGAUAUUCUGGUAGCUCACUGCUUGUAUUAACUUUUAGUGAACAUCUGCCAUAGUUUAUCUCAAAACACUGACUGUGGCUAAAACCGUCACGUGUUUGAAUUAUACUAGUCUCAGAUUUUCACGAAAUUGUGCGAGUUGGUUACUAAAUGGAAGUUACCUGACAGGAGCGUAACAUAUUAUAACAGUACACAGUGUAGGUUCAUAAUUAACCUCUCUCCCGAGCUGCUAUUAGUUUUUACCUCAGGUUUAAUUUAUUGCUGAUACAGUACAAAUCUACCCUUUCCAUCUGCAACUGCAGUCUUGGCAUUUGUGAUUUCUAGUAUGAGGAACGAGCAUCACCCCAGUUGUUUUACUUUGGUAGUCAGAAGUUUUACGUUUCCAAACUAGGCUUUUACAACUAUAUUAAACUAGCAUAUUUAUGUGUAUAUGUAAACACAGCGUAUUAAUAUAUUGUACAGUGUAUUUCUAAAGAUUUGCUGCCAGAUCAAUUAUUACUGCAAGACUAGGAAUUAAUUCAGUAAUCUGCCAAAUUUCUGAUAAUCUGAUUUCCAAAUGUUUGGAAAGUUUUAUUGGAAAUUUCUCAUGUAAACUUUUCAUUGUAUAAAUUUUGGACAUUUGUCCACCUUCAUGUACAAACAUUUCCUGCUAAGCUUCACAGCAUAAUACAGGGUUAAUAUCAUAAAAAAAUUUAUAUAAAAGAAAAUUUUAUUAAAAAGAUGGUUCCAUGCACAUCAAGACAAAUGUUCAUUUGCUGAAGAAAGGAUUACAAAUUGUAUAUAAAAAAAUGUUUUCAAUAUGCUUUGAUCACGUUAUAACCAAGAAGUCUGGUUGAACCGGCUGAAAACCGAUCCCCACUCAUUCCAUUAAGUUACUACACGCCCAAGCCAACUGUGAUCCCGAGGAGGGGAGUGACGGGAGCGCUAGUGUCGCAGUGAGAGAGGGGUGGGGAAUGAGGAGGGGUAUGGUGACAACUCUACUUGCCGUCCCACCCGCGACAUGAUUCGCUCCGAGCCUUGAGGCGGACUAGGGAAAGGAGGGGACAGUGUGGUGGAAGGGAUGACGACGGAGGGAGGGGUCCGUCUGACCUUGGGUAGUUCACAUUUUUCCCGGGACCACAGUUGGCUUGGGCGUGUAGUAAGUGGAAGAGCCAAGGUUUUGUGGUUGUCUGUGAUCUAGACAGACUUCAACAUGUUCAGGCAAGUAGGCAGCUCCGAUUGCUGCGUUUAAGAAAAAAAAGUAAGUUAAGCAACAGAUACUUAUACAGCAUGUAAAUUUCCCCUCACGUUUGCUGGAAUGGAAAAGGUAUGCAGUGCUCUUGUCCUCUUCGUAAUUGCGACGUUUCUUCAUUGGCACACGCUUCUGUACUGUAGACAUCUCCUAUAGUCGUCGCUCACGUGUUUCCAAACUGUUCACUUGGCCUCUUUGUGUCUCUCCCCUUAUCUUUCUCGCUAGCACCACAUUUGGCGUACAGGCCCUAGUGAGUGUAUCAUUUUUCUGUCUUUCAAUACUUAUAAAUACAGUAAAACCCUGUUGAGAAGAUUUUUUGAGGUGUUUAUAAAUUUAAAUUUACUAACAGGGAAAACAUAUUAAAAGUGUAAAAUUGCAUGAAGAUUUAGGACAAGAGCUAAAUUUUUUUAAACUUACGGUACUAUGCCAAAACAAUUUUAAAGUGGGAUUAUCUGAAGAGGGUUUUAUUGUAUAAUUAUUCCUCUUUUUAUUCUCAUUUCUUGCCUUCAUUCAUGACAGUUUCCAUUCCUCUCAAAAAACCACAUUCAUGCUGCCUGCUCUCUGCUUGAAUCUCUCCUUGUCCAUGUUCGUAUCUCAGUGCUGAAUGUCAUUAUUGGUUGGUUGUAUGUAUGUAUGUAUAUUACACUGCGAGGUGUUUGACUUCUUUGCCUUAUCAUUGCAGUACAGCCAUAAUUAUGAGUUUGAGCUAUCCACUUUUCCUUAUUUGUCUUGUCAUCAUUGUUCAUUAAGCUACGUAAUGCUCUGUCAAAUGCUAUGUUUAUAAUGUAAGUAGUCAAGGACAUAAUUUAUUUUUGUCUGUUAAAUUUGUAUUAUACAUUGAAGUGGUGAUGAGUUUUUUUUAACUUUUGUAUUAAUUAUGUUUUGUUAUUUGACUAAAAUUAUUUUAUUUAAUAAUAAAAGUUACACAAGUAUUUGGAUGUGUUAUGUCUACAAUUGGCCCUGCUGAUUGACUCACUCUAUGUAGUUCAUGUUUCAUUGAGAAUAUCAUAUCACUCCGCCACACAUGAAAAGCAGUGUUGUUGCAGCACAACUUGUUUUCACAUGUUAAUGGGCAUUUAGUGGUUGUGGUCAUGGAAUAAUUAUUGCACUCAUAUCAAAGCAAAGUUCAGUGGUUUGAUGAUGGUCCACUGGGGGAUGUAUAAACUGAUUAACAAGCACCAAAUGGACUCAGUUGUAAACAGCUUACUGCAAUUGUGGUCUUUAGGUGUGAAAUUUGUGCUGAUAAUGUAAUGAUGUAGAGCUCUAGUAUAAAAACAUAAAUAAAUUUCCUUAUCAUAA